AUGACGCCUCCCGGCCAACUGCUCCCCUUGGCCCGGCCGCCUCCGGCCCCUCCCGUCCUCUCCAGCCGCCGCAGCCGGUGCCCACCUCCCGCCCACGCGCACGCCGUAGUGUCGCCUCUGCCUCCAUGGCGGCCCCACCGCCUCCAUGGCCGCUUCAUGCCUUCUCCCCAGCUGUUCUGGGCUCCAGCCUGGCCCCCUCGUGCUCCAACACCUCCAGGGGUUUCGGAGGCCGCAAGAGGCGAGGCUCAGGAGGCUGCGGUGGCGGAGUUCGUGACGUCGGAGAGGGUGAAGGUGGCGGCGAUGCUGGGGCUAGCCCUCGCGCUCUGCAACGCCGACCGCGUCGUCAUGUCCGUCGCCAUCGUCCCUCUCUCGCAGGCGUACGGGUGGACCCCGUCAUUCGCCGGCGUCGUGCAGUCAUCCUUUCUUUGGGGAUAUCUGAUGUCGCCGAUAAUUGGUGGAGCGCUUGUUGACUACUAUGGUGGAAAACGAGUCAUGGCUUACGGUGUAGCCUUAUGGUCCUUGGCUACAUUCCUGUCUCCUUGGGCAGCUGGUCGAUCUAUCUGGUUGUUUCUCUUUACCAGAGUCCUGCUGGGUAUUGCAGAAGGAGUGGCACUCCCAAGCAUGAACAAUAUGGUGUUGAGGUGGUUUCCUCGCACAGAGAGAUCUAGUGCUGUGGGUAUUGCAAUGGCUGGCUUUCAGCUUGGCAAUGCCAUUGGGUUACUUCUUUCCCCAAUUAUCAUGUCACGAACUGGAAUCUUUGGACCUUUUGUGAUAUUUGGAUUAUUCGGAUUUCUGUGGGUGUUGGUGUGGAUACCGGCUAUAUCUGGCACACCAGGUGAACAUGCACAGAUAUCAGCAUAUGAACUGGAGUAUAUAACCAAAGGCCAGAAAUUGGUGAAACCUCAAAUUGGAAGUGAAAAAACAAAAAAGGUUCCCCCUUUCAGUAAACUGCUUUCCAAAUGGCCAACAUGGGCUUUGAUUUGUGCAAACGCCAUGCAUAGCUGGGGUUAUUUUGUUAUCCUUUCAUGGAUGCCAGUCUAUUUCAAAACAAUAUAUCAUGUCAAUCUGAGAGAAGCUGCUUGGUUCAGUGCACUCCCUUGGGUGAUGAUGGCAGUUUUAGGCUAUGUGGCUGGUGUUGUAUCAGACAUGCUUAUUAGAAAUGGUACAAACGUUACUUUAACACGGAAGAUAAUGCAGUCAAUUGGCUUUCUGGGGCCAGGUAUUGCUUUGCUCUGUCUGAAUGCAGCAAAGAGUCCAAUCAUUGCUUCAGCCUGGCUUACAAUUGCUGUUGGUUUGAAAUCCUUCGGCCACUCAGGUUUCUUAGUAAAUCUACAGGAGAUUGCCCCACAAUAUGCUGGAGUCCUACACGGAAUGUCAAAUACAGCUGGGACAUUUGCUGCCAUUCUAGGAACUAUUGGAGCAGGAUUUUUUGUUGAUCGGAUGGGCUCUUUCCGUGGAUUUUUGAUAUUGACGUCGCUUUUAUACUUCAGCAGUGCUCUUUUCUGGGAUAUCUUUGCUACUGGAGAGCGUGUUGAUUUUGAUGGCACUGGCUAG